UAAGUUCAUUUGUAUCUUUUUUUUUUUAGAAUACACAUAGGAGUGAUAUCAUAUAAUAUUUGCAUUCUACUUUGUGUUUCUAUAAAUUUGACUAUUCUAGAUGCCUUAGGUAAAUGAAAUCACAGAGUGUUAGUCUUUUUGUGACCAGCGUAUUUCACUUAUCAUAAUGUCCUCAAGGUUCAUCCAUGUUGUAGCAUAUGUCAGAAUUUCCUUUGGUGGACUUCUUUUUUUUUUUUUUAAUUUUUUGGCCGCAUUGCACGGCACGUGCGAUUUUAGUUCCCCCACCAGGGAUUGAACCCGCGCCCCCUGCAUUGGAAGUGCUGACUCUUAACCACUUGACUGCCAGAGAUUGGUGGGCUUCCUUUUAAAAAUGAAUUUUCUAAGAUAUACUUACCAAAAUUCCUAUGUAUCAUUUAAUAUUACGUUUCUCCAUGUGUUCAAAGUGCCCCCAAUACUGCAUUAUGGUGAAACUGCAGAAAGUGUAAUAUGUCCUUAGAAAGCAUCCUUUAGUUACUAAUAUACUCCUUAUGAAUAUGGUAAGUGUCCACAUGGGGAUAUGUAUUAUCCUGAAUCAGCCAGCAUUCACUUCCACAGCCUCUUCUUUGUCAGCACUCUUGCUUAGAAUUGUUUUAAGAAGUUUAACGAACAGAAAGGAUUGCAGUAAAAAAGCAUAUUUCAAACAUUAACUAUAUAGACCCUCCAUUGAUUCUGGAAUUCCUGAGCAAUUUUAAUUUAAAACGCUCAUUUUCCGCACUCAUGCCUCCAGUGACUAGAUUCCUUUCCAGGCUCCACUUCAAGCCUGGAUUACUGUGUUCUUUCUCCCUGUUUGGAAAGUUCAGCUUCCCAGAGUUCCUGGAUCUCUUCCGAAUGUAAAGAUUUGGGUCUCUUCCAAGACCUUCGCUGAAUGCAGAUGCACCGCUAACUUCUCCAGAGCCCGCCCCUGGGAAACAGGCACAAGGCAGUCUUGGUGAUAUCGAUUCCAAACAUUAUUGGUGCUGUGGUCACAAUCUUGAGGUUGCAAAAAUUCCUUUGGAAAUGGCUGGACUAGACAUUUUCCUGAUCACUUUCAGAUGAUUUAGCCACAGAAGAAUUCCAUAAAUUUACCGAAGAAAUAUGCCGUGGUGGAAAAAUGGCGUUGCCUCGCAGUGAUUUCCGUGGGCGUCGCUAAAGAAGGACCUGGGAGGAGAGGAAGCCGCUGCAAACUGGCCAAGCUCCAGAAGGCGUGGAAGUACCUCCGCGUUUCCCAUUUUAACUCGGCGUGAGCAGCGCGCUCUUCCCGGGCAUCGGUGGUCCCGGCACGUUGUGGGUGGUAUUCAUUGCCCAGAAGCUCCGUGUAAUUAGGAGAGAGAAAAACCACCGUUUUCCAGCAUUUCUCGUGGAGGAGGAGAACUAAGCGAUAGGAAAAUGUCUAUUUUCCCUAAAAUAUCUUUGAGACUUGAGGUUGAAAACUAUCUGAAAGCGGGCUUUAUGAAUGAGGAGGUUGUAUCUGUUUUAGGUAAAGAAGAAGCAGAAAGGAAGUUUGAAACUCUGUUACAUAAGUUGUCCCACCCUCCAUCAUUCACUACUGUCAGAGUAAAUACGCAUCUAGCCUCAGUACAACAUGUGAAAAGUCUGUUAUUUGAUGAGCUUCAGAAGCAGUUUAAUGGAUUAAGUUUUCCUAUUCUUCAGCAUCCAGACCUUCAGGAUGUCUUACUUAUUCCUGUUAUUGGACCUAGGAAUAAUAUAAAACAACAGCCCUGUGAAGUUAUUGUUGGAGCCCAGUGUGGCAAUGCAGUCUUACGAGGAGCCCACAUCUAUGUUCCAGGAAUUGUGUCAGCAUCAAAAUUUAUGAAAGGUGGAGAUGUUGUUUCCGUGUACUCUGAUAUUAAAGGCAAAUGCAAGAAAGGAGCCAAAGAAUUUGAUGGAACAAAAAUAUUUCUUGGAAAUGGGAUUUCUGAACUAAGCCGCAAAGAGAUCUUCAGCAGGCUCCCUGAACUGAAAGGUGUAGGCGUAAGAAUGACAGACCCAGUGUAUCUGAGCCCCUCAUUUGACAACGUACUGCCUAGCUACUUAUUUUUACAAAAUUUGCCAUCUGCUGUAGUAAGUCAUGUUCUGGAUCCUCAGCCUGGAGAGAAGAUUCUAGAUUUGUGUGCGGCCCCCGGAGGCAAAACAACACACAUUGCAGCGCUGAUGCACGAUCAGGGAGAAGUGAUAGCACUGGAUAAAAUAUCCAACAAAGUAGAAAAAAUAAAGCAGAAUGCAUUAUUGUUAGGGCUAAAAUCCAUCAGGGCAUUUUGCUUCGAUGGAACAAAGGCCCUUAAGCUUGAUAUGGUUAAGGACACAGAUGGAGAACCUCCAUUCUUACCAGAAUCUUUUGACCGAAUUCUUCUGGAUGCUCCCUGCAGUGGACUGGGACAGAGACCAAACAUGGCUUGUACUUGGACUUUGAAGGAAGUGACAUCAUAUCAACCGUUACAGCGAAAACUCUUCACUGUGGCAGCGGAGCUGCUGAAGCCGGGGGGCGUGCUGGUGUAUAGCACGUGCACUGUCACCCUAGCAGAGAAUGAAGAACAGGUCGCCUGGGCCCUCGAGACAUUUCCUCAGCUUCAGCUUCAGCGCCAGGACCCACAGGUUGGAGGAGAAGGGAUGCUGGGAGCUGGCCUGUCAUCUGAGCAACUGAAACGGCUGCAGCGAUUCGAUCCCUGCGUGGUGCCGUCACAGGACAGCGACACUGGUUCUCUCAGAGACGCCAGGAUAGAAGACACGCUGUGGCUCGCAAAUAAGGAUUGUAUAGGCUUUUUCAUUGCAAAAUUUGUAAAAUGCAAAAGCACGUAGGAGAAGGAUCCUUAGAAAUGAAAGUUCCAAACAUUUUCCAUUUUUUUUAAACCAAAAACUGUUGUCAGGCCACGUGAUUGAUGCCGUGGUUGCUGAGGAAACAGAAAAGGCUGCCGGCUGUUCCACCAGGAAUCAAGAGACUGUACUUCACACAGGAAGUAGCCGGGGGUGGAGGGGGGCACUUGUGUGUCUAAAAUACUGUUCCUUUAUGGAUUUAGCAGAGUAUAAAGAAAAGGAGAUGCCUGAAGAUGUCUGGAACAUAUUUUCAUUUGGGGUCUUUGUUUUAAUUUGUAAAGAAUGCAAGUCAUUUUUAAUGUUAAAAUAAGUGGAUUUAACAAAAGGAAUAAAAUUAGUGGUAUUUAAUUUGGUUAUAAAACACGUUUUCCGUUAUUGAGUUCCUUCAGAAUUCAGGGUGUGGGAACUAUAACUUAUUUAUCAAGUGCCAGGAACGUAGCUGGGGAUUUUACCUGACUUUUUCUGUUUACUAUUUGGUAAAUCAACCCUCUUUCAAAUGAAUUCUGGACUACUCCCAAUAACAGUCUCCCUUCACUAUGUUGACGUUUUUUCUUCUGUCAUAUUUUAAACUAAAACCUAAAAUGAAUUUUUUUUAACUCUGUAGAUUAAAAAUGAGACUGUUGCACAAUUCGGGUACCUUUUAUCAUCUAAUGGAAUACAUACAAGUUCCUAGAGACGUGAUUGGUGAGAAAACCGUCUUGUGAGAGCUGGGAAGUGGCCAGGCACUCACAGCUAAGCCUUGGUGUUCUCCCUCUGAACAGAAGCAGCUCCACAGAACACCUUCCCCAGACCAAGCAACUGUGACUAGGUCAAGACGAAACAAGACCACUUCACCAUCAGACCUGAAAUCCCCCAAACUGCAGAAGUGACCAAACGUCACCCAUGGUGGCCAGUAUAAGUGGGCGGCCUUUUUAAGAUGAACUGUAACUGUAGGCUUGCUUUUCAUUCUACCUGCUUUUUAGAUAAAAUAUAUUAAAAUACCCAGCCAUAGUUUAAAAGCUCUCUCAUGUUGUGUUAAAUACAUCUAUCUUGUUAAUUCAAAUCACCUCAAAAUUCCUGAGCCUCGGACAACUGCCUAAUAUAUAUAUUUUUUCCUUCAUAGGUCUCCAUUAGGAAUUUCUUGAAACUUCCUUGUAUCCAUGAAGAAUGCUCAUCUCAUCUCGGAUCAGCAUGACUCUUGACGUGUUAGUAAGAUUAUCCAGGAGUAGCAGCAUUGUGUCACUGAGCAAAGGGCGAGGAACUGAAGAUCCAUUCUGAUGACAAGUUUAUUUUAGAAAGGAAAAGUACAGUUCAAAAUCGGAGGCAAGAAUUGCAGACCAUAUAGGAUGAAGGUGGAGAAAGUUGGCUUUGCCGUGCUCAGGCCUUCAGAGGCCUUUGACUUGCCGGAAGCUGUCACUUUUCAGGUGUCGUGGGGAGAUGACCACAGCCCAUCAGUGAUGGGCAGCACCCCCCAGGAUGAUGCGCCACACACGCGAAGUGCAGAGCAGGUGUCCGACGCAGGAAAACCUCAACGUCUCGUUCACUUCAAGUCACCUCCUUUUGCCCUGAUUUCUUGCGAAGAGCAGAAGCUUUGGUUAUAAGAAGCACUUUGAGGUUGUGACGGACAGUGAAAGUGUCGGAGCGGGGGGAACACAACGGGCACGGCGGGCGAGGCGAGGCGCACAGCUCACGCUGGAGACACUUAAGGGACUCGGUGUUCCAUCUCAUUCUGGACAGGGCUGCCCAACUGGAACGAGCACGGCCCCGGAGCCCUGGACCCCUGGACCCCAGUGGCGCGAGCGAAGGAGGGAGCGCUGCUAACCUGUGAGCUGGGGGCCACAGCGGGGCUGAUGGGCAGGGUCGAGGUGGCCAAGGUGAAACACAGAUGACUACUGAGGUGUUAGAUUAACAAAGCGAGGUCACCACGGAACACACCGUAGCUGUUCGUAAGCGACGACCAUGACCUAGACAAGUGCUCUUGAAUGCGGGUGUGAAGCCUUCAAGUGGAUUAUACUGCAUAGAGAGACUUACCGGAGGGCACUGAGCCAGCUUAUCUGCUGCUACCAUCUGAACAUUGAGGUGUUUAGCUUGAGAUUUCCCUCGAGAUUUUAUUAACCUUUGUAAAACCUGUAAAAGACGAGAUUCUUCAAUUGGGGUAUCUGCACUCAGGUAAACAAGGUUCAUUAUUCGUUCCUUUCUCUGGUGUCCUUGCAUGCAGCACUGAUGGUUUACAAAUAGAUUACGCUAGAAAACAGAAUCUUCAAGAUGAUCAGCAAAAUUAACACGUUGACAUAAAUCUCAGUCACAAGCUUCAUAAGUCACCAGCGUGGAGAUUUUUCUGAGUCUUGUCUUUUUUCAAGGCUAGCAGUUCUCAAACUUUGUCUCAUGAUUUAUGUUUUUAAAAACUGUGGAGAACUCCCAAGAGCUUUUUAUGUGUACUGUAAUAGUUAUAUAUUAGAAACUAAAACUGAAAAAUUCAUUUAAGAAUGACCAGUAACCUCUUAUAUGUUAACAUGUCAUGCAUUCUGAUAAAAUAGCUAAGUUAUUUGCAGGUUUCUCUACUGCCUGGCUCCACAGAAGACAGCUGAUGUGCCCUGCUUCUACAGUGAAUCUGCUACAGUGUAUUGUUUGAAACAGGCAAAGAAAAUCCAGUCCCCUAUAGAUACGUAAUUAGUAGCCUUUUCAGAUAAUUGUGGAUAUCUUUCUUUGAUACUACAGUAAACAAGUGGUAGCUUUUUAAAGACUAGCUCUCAUGUGAAAUCUAAAUCCCUAUCAAUCAAUGAACUUUUCUUACUCUGUUACAUUAAAUUCCAUUGAUCUGUCCUGAAAUUUGAAGGACAUGUCAGUUGUUCUUUCCAAUAAAAAUGGCGUUCCAGGA